CAGAUCAGUUGGUAGUGUUCAGGUAAGGGGCAGCCAGAGAGCAGGUGAGGAUCUGGUGACUCCCCCCUCCCUACCCAUCCAGGAGGAUCCCCAGGUGCAUGGAGCAGGGAGCCAGAGCUGAGCCUUAGCCCUUGUGCCAGGGGGGCAGAGGAAACUAUAGAAGAAGGCCAGUGUGCCCAACAGCACCAUGUUUCAGCCAGCAGGCAAGCGCUGCUUCACCAUUGAAUCCUUAGUGGCCAAGGACAACCAGCAACACCUGAGCCCAGAGGAGCCCCUCCGACCUACCGCCCUGUCCUACCCUACCUCUACCACCGAAGCCUUUGUCACUGGCUUCCCCAACCCAGCUGGCAGAUCCCUCUACCCCAACCCUGAACUGGUCUUCCCAGAGAGCCACCCUUCCCUGUCUGUGCACCCCCACCAGCAUCUACAGCACCCCCACUCCUUCUUCGGAGCCCAGCACAGGGACCCCCUCAACUUCUACCCCUGGGUGCUGAGGAACAGGUUCUUCGGCCACAGGUUCCAAGGCAGCGACGUGUCUCAGGAGAGUCUUCUUCUACAUGGACCCUUCGCCAGGAAGCCCAAGAGAAUCAGAACAGCCUUUUCUCCCUCACAGCUGCUGCGGCUCGAGAGGGCCUUCGAGAAGAACCAUUAUGUGGUGGGGGCAGAGAGGAAACAGCUUGCCAGUAGCCUCAGCUUGUCAGAAACACAGGUGAAGGUCUGGUUUCAGAACAGAAGAACCAAGUACAAGAGACAGAAGUUGGAGGAAGAAGGACCAGACUCUGACCAGAAGAAAAAAGGCUCCCACCACAUUAACAGAUGGAGAAUGGCCACCAAGCAACCCAAUGGGGAAGACAUUGAUGUCACAUCCAAUGACUAAGUGGGUGGAUUCUUAGUGCCCCAAACCGAUCACAGACUUUCACAGCUGGAAGAAAACAUUAAAUAAAUGACUGAAUGGCAAUGACCCAGAACAAAUAAUAUGGAAUCUCCCCAGAAAGCUGUUGAGUCAUGGACCCCGGGUAGACCAGUGCUAUGGAGGAAGUCAUACACUUGUCACACCACAUGGAGACGUGGGUCAGGCCAAGCUGAUAUCACUAUGGACUUUUAUCAGCUGUACAAACAACCGUUGACUAUAUGGUUGUGAAACAAAAAGAAAAAAAAAAUCUUUUUUUUUUUUUGGCCUUCCUUAUUUCUUUCCUUAAUUUUUUUUUUAUUUAUUUUCUUUAUCUGAUAAAAAGUAGUUAUUACCAACUUAGUGUGUAAAUGUGUGUUAAUAAAAAAUAAUAUUGAAACAGAA